CUAGAGGGGCAGAGAUGAGCAUCUGAGCUUCGGGGGAAGAGUGCAGAUGACUGUGGGCUCCUGCUAACAGCCUGCUGCAGUACUUCAUUUAGGACUUUAAUUGCAUCAGAUGGGACUUGUUGGGACUUGGUGUGUGUGGCAUGUUUCCCACCUCUUUUCGUGACUAUUGUUUGUGUUAUUAAGUGCAGAAAGCCUACAUGGUUUUGGAUGGAUUGGUGCAAACCCAACUGAGAGUCAACUUGGUCCUUUAAAGAGCUUCUGUGGUGGUCGAAGAGAGAAAUGAAGUUCCUUGCGCUGGUAUUGUCUUUCCAUCUCUGAGUCAUCUCAAAUCAACGACCCCACACCAGCUGUCCACCAUGAAUGCCUCCGCCAUUCCACUCGCCAACAACACCCCACUCUGCUACUCUGUCAACAGCCCUCCAUUCAGAUACCGCCCUACCAUCGCCUCGGCAUACUUCUCAUCCAUCUUCGGCACUUUGGGUCUCAUCUCCAAUCUCAUCGCCUUCAUUGUUCUCCUCAAGUCCUUCCAGCAGACACAUAGCCGCUCACGCUCCUUUUUCCUGAUUUUCCUGGGUGGCCUGGUGGUCACUGACUUCAUGGGUCUUCUGGUCACUAGCUCCAUCGUGAUCUCCUUCCAUGUUACACACUUUAAUUGGCGCCAUUUAGAUCCAAACUGCUACUUCUGCAACUUCAUGGGUAUGUCCAUGGUCUUCUACGGACUGUGCCCACUCAUGCUUGGUGCCGCUAUGGCUGUGGAGCGUUUCUUUGGCAUCAACCUUCCAUUUGCCCGCUCCACCAGCAUGCCCAAGAGACGGGCGGUCUACAUGGUGCUGAUGGUGUGGUUGAUUGCAGGUGGCAUAGCUUUGUUGCCCCUAACGGGCAUUGGGAGCUACCACAUGCAGAUGCCUGGCUCCUGGUGUUUUUUCAACAUCAGCUCGGGGGGAAGUGACCUGGCUUUCUCCCUGGUCUUCUCUCUGGUCGGGUUGAUGUGCAUCGCUGUGUCAUUUUUUCUGAAUACGGUGAGCGUUGUGACCCUAAUCCGGGUGUGCUGCGGACAGGAUGGGUCGCAGCGUCGCAGAGACUACGAAAUAGAGAUGAUGCUUCAGCUCAUCCUCAUCAUGGUCAUUGCUACUAUCUGCUGGUGCCCCCUUCUGAUAAAUAUUCUGAUGAGCGUGGUGACUGCUGAUCCUGUAAAAGAUGAAAUAGUUUUGUUCCACAUACGAAUGGCCACCUGCAAUCAGAUAUUUGACCCCUGGAUAUACAUCAUGUGUAAAGUGUCCCGGCUAAGGCGAGUAAAAAAUCUUUAUUGCACAAACAGUGCUAUCCGGAAGUCCCCUCCAGAUAAAAAGCCUCUUGCUAUGGCUACGCUUUGCCACCUGGAACCAGAUCCUGGAUCCGUGGGUAUACAUCCUGUUCCGAAGAUCAGUUCUUAAGAGACUCAGCCCCCGCCUUGACUGGUCUCGGGGCUCCAUCAUGAGCUUGUACCCGUCUUUCACCAGCACCAUCCGAAGGUUCACACAAUCUUCACUUAAGUCCACCUUGGGCCAAGAUGAAACAGGAGAGAUGCAGAAAUCAGAUGUAAUGCCCCCAUCUACACUAAAGCCACCUCCUCCUUCUCCGUGAUCGUUUGGAUUUGAAUUGUUGCCACGGACUGAGUGACAUUGUUGGGUUUAUAGUAUGUGUUGGACUGUGUUUUAAAGCUCUGAAGGAGUUUUCAUGUUAACUGUGACCAAGAUAAGAAGCAGGAUUGCCCCAUUGUUUUGUUAUUUUGAAACAGUAUUAGCAAUGACACUUUAAUUUAGAGCAACAUUUAAAGAGAGAGACCACUAUACAGCACACAGCAGUCACCUAAAAUAGAUGGAAAGCUAUCUACAUGGACCACCCUUUUCUACGUGUACUGUACUGUUUUUUAUAGAUAUGAAUAUGAAUAACUUUUUACAGUGGAUAUGGACAUUUUGUGGUAAUUCAGGUGAUUGGUUUAAUGUGAUACUUCAUUCUGAGAGGAUGUAACGCCUUGUAUGCUCAUGUACACUUUUUUCAGUGUCACAUUAUCAUUUAAUUGUUUUUUCCAGCUCAUACUGUUUAUGUUUUGUUCCCCUUCUGGAAGUAUUUAGCUGGAUUUUGAAGGAAGAUGUGAAGUGAAGAUGAAUUAACAAAAACGAAAUAUAGCUUAGAAUGCCAGAGGCAGCCUACAUUAUUUCCAGUUCAAGAGUUUAUACUAUACAGGACAAUGCAUAUGUUUUCUAAUUGUCAAAUAUAUUGAUUAUGCAUGUGAAUCAAACCAAACUGCCUAGACCCUUGAAUAGAUCAGUUUUGAUCUUUUUCAAAAUCCUUGAAUGGGACCCUCUAGUUUAAUCCUCGUGCUUGUUAUUAAGAGAAACACCCGGGUUUGGCAGAGAAAAGAAAAAAGGAAAUCAAAGUGGAUGCCAUUGAGAACGUGAUUGUUGUACAAAUAAAAUGUCUGUGAAAACCCUGACAAUUUUAAGAUUAUGUUGUCAGUGGCAGAACAAUCUUUUCCACUGUCAACUUCAGGCAUGCAAACAAAAAUGUAACAGUAACCGUAUUAUUUUGAGAUGUACUGUAUAAUGCUGCAUGAAGGGUCAUAUCUACAUAAAUAGUUUGAAAUCCAUAUCUGCUAAUGAACAAGACUAUGUCAAAACCUAGUUAUGGAUGGAUCAUGCAUGGUCAAUGUGCUUAAUUGUAGCCACGGUGCCUCGAGAAGGAACUUGUUUUGGUGGAGCAAGUGUACGUUCAAAUGUUGCUGUAGUCAUGCAACAGAAAACUCAGAUGGGACAGAUCUUGCUAGCUGUCUCCAUUUACCCUACAAAGAUCUGAGGAGCAGUUAACCAUAGACCCCAUAAAUCGACCGGAGUUUAAAAUGCCAACACAAAGAAAACAGAACAGACAGCUGGCCGAAAAUUAGCGACAUCCGGAGGAAUUACAGGCGGCACCGGAGUAAAGUGGAAUGCGGUGGAUAUACUGUAGACUAAUCUUGAGGAGAUGCAGCAUUUUAACCUACACUGUAUAUUUACUAGCACCUCACAACUUCACUGUUUAUUUCUUCUCUGCCUUCUUCGGUGCACCAAUGUUAAUAUCUCUGUAAUGUGUAGGCCCACACCUUUUUGUUUCAGUAGUUAAAAACAUGUCUUAGGGUGAGAAAAAAUGUAAGUAACUACAGAAUGUUUAAGUGCAAGUGUGAGUAAGGGUGAAUUAGAAAAUGGAUAUGUCUAAAUUUGUAUGAACUGACAC